AUGUAGAUUGAUUACAAUUAUUUGGAAGUAUAAUUAUUAAGGUAGCACAUAAGGAGGAGGAUGUUAAUGUGAAAGAAUACUUGAAUGAUCUGUUGUCGCAGAAAAUAGAGAAGAUGUCUACGAUAGAGGAGGCUGAUCUCAUUUUGGAUGCUCUCAUGAAGACAAUCGAGGAUUUGGAUGGCUAGAUUGAGAUAAAGAAGAAGAAGGUGAAUAAGGAGUUGGAGACAGCUUUGGCAAUAAGUGAGAUCAACUUGGGUAAGAAGACAACGGAAAAGUAAGAGAUUGCAGAUGAAUUGAGAUAACUUAAAGAGGAAUAUCAGAAGUUAAAGGCAUAAAUAAAAUGA